UUCCACCGCGCUGACCAAGGGCAUGCUGUACACAGGAAGGUGCAUAUUCCUACGUGCCCAUCCAUGGCAAAAUCUUCCUCCAUGUGAACGCUGCCACGGCAUGUUCGCAGAUGUACCUCUGCGAGGGCAAGGAGGUCGUUGAGCUUUCUUGGAGUCAGCAGGACAAUCUGUUGUGUGCUGUCCUCCUUCUGCAUCUCCAUUGAUGGAAAAGAUGGAGAAGCUCCACCCUCAGCCAUCUGUCUGAAGGUGCUUGGAGAGUGGUGCUGUAUGUAGAAGUUGAAAACUUCCUUCAGCACUGCAAAAUUUCCUUCCUGGGAUGACCUGGAAGGUCCAAUGUUGGCCUUGAUGGUGCGCAGCAUGGUCAUGAGCUGGUUCUUCUCCGCAAGAUUCGGCGCAGUGAAAGUUACCUUGCCAUCUUGUUUGGUAGAGGCCAGCUCUUCUGGUGACAUACUGGCCCGCUUUUGCUUCAGCUUUGCACGAUGGGCAUCAUUCCUGGCCUUCUUAGCCAGUGGAGCAUCAGACGGCCUUGGCCUUCUCGGAAGUGCGUUUUGGCUGUGACAUCGAAGGGGCUGACGAGGAGACUGCUGAGAGGUACAUGCAGGUACAGCAGGUUGCUCCAUGUUUCUGCUGGACCAUUUGACGGUUUGAAAUCAGGCGCGCUGUAUGCCUCUGGGAAAUACGUGUAAGUAGCCCCAGAAUAAUGUCUUCUAGGGUUACCCCUGAGCAUGUACCAGCAGCCAGAAGAAACCACUGUAUUUGGUCAUGUCCCUUGUGGGCCAAGUUGUGACCCUGAGCACUCUUACCUAGGUCAACUUGGGGGCACUACACAGAUCUAGAACGCAGAAAUGGCGGGGACUAACACAAAGCUUUGGUGCAUUGAAGUUACAGAAGAGCAGGAAAUGGUAAUUCGAGCACUUUAUGGGCACAAUGACUGGGAUCUGAUAGAGCAUCCAUACCCCACCCUUACCAAUGACAGUCAUGGCAGUGGAUUGGCAGAAGGGAACCUGCAAGUUGAGCAACAAGAUACGGCGAUGGCAGGGAACCAGUCCUCCAGCAAAAGAACAGGUCGGAAGAGGAAAAACCAACGAGAACUUGGAGAUAAAGAUAGCCAGCCAACUUCAGGCCAAGCUGCGAACAGUACAGUUACAGCAACACAAGUCCAGUCAGCCCUUCAGGUUGGCCAAGCUGAGGACAUGACAAUGUCACAAAGUCAACCUGAGACAACAAGUUCCAGCAGCUCCAGUCAUGAUCAGCCUAGAUCUGAGACAGAGUGUCUGGACUGUUUUUGUGACCCCUGUGUUACAUCUCGGCCACAGAAAUGGUUGGGGAGCGGAAACCCGCCUGGUGCAGGCAACUCGUCACUUCGUAGGGUAUUUUACAAAAAGUACUGGAAGAUGCUAAGUGACCGUUGUGCCUGGUACGACUCCAGGUAUGUAGACAAGAAGACUAGAAUGUGGCAAGCGUACAAGAAUGGUUUAGAUCAAAACAAUUGCUGGGUUCCUGGUAGACACAGUCCUGACCAGCAGAGUGUCAGAGAAAUUAUGCCUGACUGUGUCUUGCGCCAGGUCCGCAAGCUGUAUCCAAAUCCAUCUCAUAUCCCGUACAUGGACCACAAGUUUUUCUGAAAUCUAAAACAAAUCAUUACCCACAUGUGUCAAUUUUGACAAAGAUUCUGACUUGCUUGCACUGUUCUGUUCUUUUUGUCUAUUCAGAAUAUGACACAAAGGCCUAUCAAAGUGAUUUACCUUCCCUUGGACAAAUGGUAUCACAAUGAUUGUAUAUUUUUAGAUCUAGACAGGCUACACAAAAGAUAUGGUGCUUAUGUUAUAGAUCACAAUGAUUGGCAUGUAUAAGCUGAAUUGUUUCUAGAUAAUGAUUUUGGUGAUGUAAGUUGUGUUUGUACUUGUUGCUGAAUAUUUUCUGCUCUAUAUGCGCUCCAUGUGUUAUUGUUUUUAUCAUGUUGCUGACUAAGGAUGGAAAGGGCAUACAUGUAUUCCUGUUUUCAAUGAUUCAUGUUUUGAGAUUAUUUGAUGUCUGAAAUAUUAAUCCAAGAACUGUACAGUCAAGUGAAUAAUUUUUCUCUCCUAUCUUCUUUGCAUCGUGUACCAAUUGACUCUUGUACAGUGAGUAUGGGUCUAGGUACUAUUCAAUGUUCAAUUGAAGAUACCUUUUUGUAUAACUUUUGACAGAAUGACAACAUACAUUGUAUAAAACAGGAGAUGGAUAACUUCCAAGAAGUAUAUGUUGAAUACAUGUAGAUAGUCUUAGUGACUGAAUGUCUGUUUGUAGUUGAAUAAACAAAGGUUUUGUGAACUCAGUCUGAAGCUAAGCAGUAUUUUUCUAAAUAAGGAAACAACAGUACAAAA